AUGUCGAGACAGACCCGCACCCCAGGCCAGGCGCCGCCUCCGCCCGCCACCCGGCAAAACGAAUACUUCGUGCCUCGCGAUGGCAUCGACCGCGAGGUCAUAUCCGCCGACAUCUGCCGCUAUCUGGGCAACGAUGCCCUCGUGCGCCCAGGCCAAUACGAGAACCCGCAGUCUCACCUAACCGUUCAAGGAUAUUACAUCACGGCCUACAGAAAUCUGACUACGGCCAUGAUUGAGGACCUCAAGGCCGACUCCGCCCGAUGGGAGAGUGAGCGGCGCGCGCAGACGACGCGCAACACCUCUGGAGGUAUCCAUGCCUCGAGAGAUGCCUAUGGCUAUCCCGCGAAACUGCCAUCUAACUCACCUGUAGUUCAAUACCGCUACUCUGAGACGCAUCAGUCUCGGCAGCACCACGGUCCUACAGAGGGCCACUUCCAGUCGGAUCCUUAUGCCCGUGACCCAGGAUAUGAGGUCACGUACCCUGGAACCGGGAACCUAGGGUUUACUGGUGCUUCUGGCUCCUACUCCUCCCAACAACAGCAGCCGCCGCAGCAACAGCAACAGCAACAGCAGCAGCAACAUCAACAUCAACAGCCGCAGCAGCAGCAGCAGCAGCCGCCGCCGCCGCCGCCGUAUGCUGCCGCAACUGGUGGCGCGUAUGGUGGCGGCUUUCAGCAACCCCAACAAUCCCCUCCCCCGGAGAGGUUUACUCCUGCCCAGGCAGGUGGUUCCAUGAUGCGGCCUGGCUACCCGACCACUCAGGACGCUCCCUACAUCGGCACAGGCGCGAACCUGCCGCAUUCUGGAUUUCCCUCGCAAAAUGACCCCUAUGGUGCCCGGUUGUCGACGUCGUCGGCUGCUCCGCAGCAACCUAUUUACGCCUCUGCGUCGCCGCAACAGCCUGGGUAUCCAGCAACGACGUCGUCUUUCCAGCAGUAUCCAACCCAGGCCCCCACUGCUCCCGGGCAAUCGUAUUCGACAAUGCAGCCCCAUGACUCUUACUAUGGCCGAGUUUCGCCGGCCCAGACUCCUCCACAAGGCUACGCAGCCCAGGGACAACAGUAUGAUGAAACCCCCCUCUCUCGCCCUUCCACAACCCCCGCAGCCGUCCAGACACCUCCCGCUGGCAUGAGUAACCGCCGUAGUGACCGCGACAGCGACAGGAACCAUCGAGCCCCCCGGCGUUGA